GGUACAUGAUUAAUGGAUUUUGUUACCACACAAAGUUCUGUGAUGACCACCGAACUGUUCAAAACAGUGGAAUUAUGUUAGUUGCAACAACAAUGCAAGUGUCUAGUGCGAAGGACAAAAAUUCGGUCAUUUUGUGACAUGUCUUUCUAUAGGACGAUUCAAGAGAUUUGGGAAGUCAGUUACAAUACGUUUAAGGUUGUUCUUUCAAAUGCAAUUGGGUUGAAAAUAAUGGAGGUGUUCGAAUGAACGAUCUUAAUUACACGUUGGUUGACCUCAACUGAAUUGGACACACUUCAGAUUCGUUCGUUAUUGCCACAUACGGUCGACAAGUAUUCUAUGUUACAGAUCCUGUUGAUGCAAGAUGGUCGAUUGUUGUCAUACCACCUGAGAAGGACUUUCCUUACAAAUGUUUUAAUGAUGACAUAUAAGACAUGUUGCCGCACUAUCCCCUAGUCUCGAAAUGUACAACAUGUAAUAUUGAUGAAAGUGGGGAAAUAUACGCUAGACCUGAACAUGAAGGCACAUGGGUUACUAGUUGACUUUCAGAAGUAUGUAUAGUAAGAGACAUACAUUCAGUUAUUUGGUUGUGUUCAAUGUUCAUUACAUAUAGUUAAUGAUUGUCGUUUUUUUUUUUUGUGUAGAACAAUGUCAUUUUCAUAUACGACUAUAAUCUACCGUUAUCAAGUUUUAAUUUCAUGCUCAUAAGUUUAUUUUUUUUCAAAAUUAGACACUAUAAUGUAUUAGAUCUGCUAUAUUGAAAGUGUUAUGUGUUCUAUCAUAGUUGUUAUGAACUUUGUGUAAGUAAGUGUGUAGAAGAACAAUUUCUUUAUUUAUUUUAGAACCAACAACUGAUUCACAUUUCACUAUCAAAGUCCCGUUGUAGUUAUCAAACUAGUAUUCUCUUUCUUUCUUAUAAUUACAUACGUAUUGUUACUAAUAGUCUCGUGUGUUAUGUUUGAAACCACAUUUGUAGUAAUGGUUCAUUUAGGGAAUGAUGAUGCGGUAUGCGACCAGCUUGCUACACCCCAUGAAAGAGGGGAAAGCAGUAGCCACAAGAGAAAACGUGGCCCUACGGGAAUGAAGGAGAUAACACGUGUCAGUAGUGAGGGAUGAAAAGAUUGACUAGGAAUAGUUCGAGGAGUGGAGAAGUACGUCACCAAGAAAAAGUAUUUCCAAAUCCCGACAUUUCAAAAUUGAAACAAAGUAAUGAGGAGAAGACAAUGUAUGAAGAACGAGAUGAAAUGGCAAAAAGAAUUAACGAGUUAGAAGCAGAGCUACUAAAAUGAAAAAAAAAGGUGAGUGUAGCAUAGGAGCCGAAGAAGAACAAUGUAGUAUGUAUUUAAGAGGAACACCAUCAAUGAAAGGGGAUUUAGAUAAUGAGGUUGAAGAUGUAGCCACUAAUUUAGAACCAGAGAAAGUCGUUGAUGAGGUGACCGAAGUCAAGAAAGAAAUGGAUGUUUAUUUUUUACGAACCCUUAAGUUAGAUGUUUUGUUUGCAUACUGUUCUGACAAGACAUUUUCUUUACUAAUGGUUAACGUGGAAGGAGAAGAAGAGAAUGUUGAGAUCAAAUCAAAUGAAGGUUGGAAUCCUGUGUAUGUUGACAUUUGAAACGCAAGAUAAUAUCAUUGCCCGUGGAACAAUAUUUGAUUCAAAAGGUGACAGUGACAACAUGAAGGUGUCAGUUGAUGUUGUCUUAAUGGUGAAUGUGCAAUUCCCAUCCCGAGGAAGAAAGAACUCACCAAAAUGUCACAGAAAGUGGGUUCACACUUAAUGUGGCCACAACAUCUUGUCAUCACCAAGAAUGAGAAGGAGACUGCGAGUUUGAGUAAGAAUCCGCCCACAUUCUCGAGCGCAACAUAUGAGCGUGUUCCAGUGGCCCUUCGGUGUUUGGUAAAAUUAGUUGAGCAUAUGGGGUCGCCUAUUCAAAUAACCACGCUCGUUGAGGUCUUUCGUGUGAGAAGGAAAUGUUACGUAAUGAUUGAGUCGUCGAGAGAUUUCUCCUCGAUGCAGCCAACAUGUACUGCAUGUCUCGAUACAUACAUGAUGUACCUUUACAUAAUUAUAGAUGAAGGCAAAAGUUUGAACUUAUAUAAGUUCUUGGAUGCCAGAACUGUAAGUUUUUCGAGCUACAAAGAAUUGCGCGCACAGUUAUUGAAUGCUCGAUUGCUUGGAGCGAAGUAUGACCAACUAGUACUAUUUUCUUACAACUCCGGGGCUGCAAUUCGAUCCCUUCUCAAUCACCCACAAGUUUGUCGAUCUCGUAAUGCACAAUUGUUUGGGAUUCUACCUUGGUUUGGAAGAAUCUAUUCGACAGUGAAGCCAACAAUGGAGCAAUGGAUUGAUAUAGGACUUUUUGUAUGGUUGGUAGAAAAAUCUUGGUUCCAAUGUAUUGAUGUUAGGCUUAUUGGUACCUAAAGAUCUUAAUGUUUAUUCUUUUUGUAGGUAAACUACCUUUUAUUGGGUGUACGAAUAUUACAAAUAUUACAAAGAUCUUAAUUGUUUUCAUAGAAGAGAACAGCAAUCGUAGCUCUCUACACGAUCCCUUGGCUUCACAUCAUGGUGCAUUAUCAACUCAUGGUCAUUCU